AUGUGUGCACCAAAUUACUUCCCAUAUCCAAGUGGUGGAAUUAUUUGUGGCUUAACAAUAUGUCCUGAUGAAUCAAUUUUUCAUUAUUAUUAUUGUUGCUACGGGUUAUUAGGCGCUUGUUGCUUUUAUCUAAGAACGUGGCUUAUAAUUUUAUUAAUGGUAAUCAGUCUUUCAUUGAUUCUCUGUGCCGUUGCCGCUGCUAUUGCGGCUUUUUCAAGAAGCCGUCAACAGCGCAUACCAACAAACGUUGACGCUACCACUAAUGCUGGUUAUGAUAUUCAUUAUCAUCCACCACGUGAACAUACCGUAUAUUAUACGGACCAUAGCAGGGAUCGAAGUCUUUAA